GGGGCCAUUAAAAUGUUCAUGCGCAGGAAGUUUCCGCGAAAAACAAAAUAAAAUAUUUAGUAAAUUAAUCUUUAUUUUUAGUUUAAAGCUCUAUGGACAACGAUGAUGAAAAAGCAUUGGCUUCAUAUAAAAAGCAACGGCUGAAAGCUGAAAAGAAAGGUAAUCUGGAAAAUGAAGCUCGUAUCUCCAAUUAUAUUGGUGACAUCUAUGAAAAAUAUGGAGAAUUUGAGGCUGCUAUUGAGGAGCAUGAGAGGGCACUGAGGUUGAGAGAAGUUCUCGGGAGAAAGAUUGAUAUAGCUGUAGCAUUCAGACUGCUUGGGGAAUGCUACUGUAAGAAGAAAGAUUACGAAAAAGCUCAUUCGUUACAUGAGAAGUAUCUCUCUUUGGCAAGAGAAUGUGAUGAUUUAGUUGAAGAACAAAGAGCCCUGACAACAAUUGGUAACACAUUUCUAGAACAAAGUAAUGAGAGGACAUUAUCUAUGAAAACUAGAAGGGGAGCCAGUAAAAAUGCUGAACAUGUCUACUUGAAAAGUUUACAGAUUUGUGAUGACCUGAAGGGAACCAUUGAUGAAAAGGAAUUUAUUGACAUGAAAGCAAGAAACUUUUAUAAUCUAGGUCUUGUAUAUGAGGGAUUAGAAGAUUCUGACAAUAGUAGACAGUACCUGAAUAAAGCUUUGUCUCUAUGUCAGAAGUAUUAUUUGACCGAUAUGUUGUAUGUAUGUCAGAAAGUGUUAGGAGAAAUAUAUCUAAGAUGUAACAAACUUGAAGAUGCUGGUAAAUUCCUGGAUGAUGCAAUCACUACUGCUAAGAAACUGAAGAAUAAACUAUUGGAGACUGAAGUUUUAUGGCUUAAAAUACAGGCUUUUAUAAAGUUGAAAAAGUACCAGUCAGCCCGCCACUUGUUAAAGAAAGCUAAUAAGAUUAACAAGAAUAAUGAAGAGGAAGUUUCUAAAAUAUUUGCUUGUUAUAAGACAGUAUUGUGUAUGGAGAAGACAAUGGACACCAUGCGAAAAGUGGGUAAAGAAGAUUUGGUUGGAAGGAUACCAUUGUAUGAUAAACUAGGAGAUUGUGCUGUAGAUCUGAAAAUGUUUGAUCUUGCCAUUAUCUAUUAUAACAAAGUGCUAGCAGCUAGUAUAUCAGCUAAUAAAGAGAAGAAGGAGUUGAUACCAACCUAUAUUUCCCUGGCUCAAACAUACAGUGAUUGUUUCCAGUAUGAUAAAGCUAUUGUUUACUAUAAGAAGGAAAUAGAAUGCUAUGGAAAUGAAAACCAAGAACAGGUUUGUAGAAGUUGGUUAAAUAUAGCAUCAUACGAGGAGAAGAAUGAUGUAGAUUAUAAAAAAGUCCAGAAUUCCUAUGUUAAUGCUCACAAUGCUGCUAAAAGAGCUGGUAACAGAAAACUGCAGUGUCGAGCACUCAGAUGUCUGGUGGAGCUGUUUAAGAUCAACAAAGAUGAGAAGUCACUGAAGAAAGCAUCAGAUCAGUUAGAUCAUGUGAAAACCAAGUAUAAUAUAACAGAUGUAGAAUAUGAGGAGGAGAGUCAGGUGAUGGAAGAUGAUGAUGAUGUGACAGACUUUAAUGAUAUGGUUAACAUGGAAGAAGAAGUCGACAUGUCAGAUUUUACAGAAUCUGAAGACGAUGAUGAGAUUGUUUUGAACACAGUGAGAAUGGCAAGACGGAAUGGUAAACGAUCAAAAGAACAAAAGAGAAAUGAUUUUGGUGAGACACCACUUCAUCGUGCAUGUAUUAAAGGUGAAUUACAGAAAGUUAAACAAUUGAUAUCUGAGGGUCACCCUGUCAAUGUACAAGAUAACAGUGGCUGGAUCCCGCUACACGAGGCUGCCAACAAUAACUGGUAUGACAUUACAGAGUACCUGUUGAAGCAUGGGGCGGACAUUAAUCAUAGAGGCGGACCUAAAUGUCAGGGGAUGACACCACUAAUUGAUGCUGCCAGUGUCGGGUGGCUGGACAUUGUAGAGCUGUUGCUGAAGUAUGGUGCCAAUGCUCUCGCCAAAGAUGAUCAUCAAAUGACAGCAUUAGAUCACUUGAUGAAGUUACGAGAAGAAAAUGACAAGCUUGAUAAGAAGACUGAGAUUCAGUUUAACAAUAUUGUAGGAAUAUUGAGAGAGAAAAUGCCUGCUUACAGAGGAACAACUCGGAACAAGGUUCUGUCACAGGCCAGACCAUCUGCCCUAGUGACGGAGAAUGAAGAUUAUGAUUUACCAACAAUCUCGCGUAAAUCUAAAACUGAGAAAAAAUCUCAGUCACGAAAUGAUGUGAUGAUAUACAGUGAUUCUGACGACUCUGAUGAUUCUUUAGUGAAAUGUUUGAGUGCCCGGAGGAAAAGUAACAGUCCUAUACAAACUGAAUCAGAAAAUGCUUAUGAAAACUUCUCAGAUGAUCCUGAUGAUUAUGAUCUGUGUGCUACAGAAGCUUACAAACAGGCAAUAUCUAAUGUUGGUCAAUCAGCAUAUAGAGCAUCUAAGUCUUCACAACCAAAGUCUUCUAGGAAACAAAGUAAUCAGGAUACAGCAGCUCUGAUUGCUGAGGAAGAAUUUAUUGAGAAUGAUUGGCUGAUAGAUGAUAUGAAACCAUCGAAACAGAGAAAAGUUGAUGUAAAUGGGUACCUAUCUACUGCUAAUAUACGUAAACGAAGUCGGUCAGGAUCAGUUAGUCCAUUACCUCACUCCGAUAGGUCAAAUAGGGACUCUUGUAGCAGUCAGAAGAAAAGAAUUAAAGUUAUUGACUCUGAUUCUGAGAGUGAGGCAGGAGUUGUGGUAAAUCAGCAGGACGAAGUGAGAAAUGAGGGUUCUAGAUUGACAAAUACAACAAAUAUUGAUAGUGAGGAGGAAUUCAAUAAUACUGUGAUAGGUGGAAAUGAUGUUGAUGUUUUAUUUAGUGACUAUGACUCCGAUGUAGAAAUAGUUCCGUCAAAACAAGAAACUGUUGCUACCAAAAUUUCUAGUGGUAAUUUUUUCGGUAAGAAAAAUCCUCAAAAACAACUGAAAUUGACAGAUUUUGGAAGUUCUGUAACUAUGUCAGCCAGAACACAUUUAAAUGAUAGACUGUGCUCUAGUGCUCAAUCAACUGAAAAUAGUGCAAUAAUUGUAAACCAGUCUAUGGGAGAAUCUGUUAGUGCUACCAGUAGGGAGAAGUCAGUAAAUAAUCAUUUAAAUAAUGUGAUAAGAGUUAAAGUGAACGUUGAAGGUGUUUUAUUACUGAUCCCUGUGGUAGACAAUGAUGGAACUAAAACAUUUUCCUGGCUUGCAGAGGAAGCGGCCACCAGGUAUUUUAAAAUGAAAGGUGUAAAAUUAAAACUGACUCUCGGCAAAGAUGGAGCACACUUUUCACCUGAUGAUCUUGUCAGUCUAAUGCUGAUAGAUAAUGACCUGGUAGAAAGUUUUGUACAAAGUAAAGAUGAACAGCCACCUAUGGCAGAAAGUUAUAAAAAUGUAUGCAGUGCACUCAAAACAGUAUGUUACAAGAAUAUAUCAACAUUACUACAGUCAUGUGAGGUAACCGGUAAGCUGUGUUUAGGUGACCUGGCCCUUCGCCCAACAAGAUUUCAACCAGUACUUAAAGCUAUACAACAUCAAACUUGCCUCAGGGAACUAAAUUUACAAGGAAACAGAAUUGGUGAUGCUGGGCUGGAGAACUUGUGUAAAGUGUUAAACACUAUACCAAAUUUAACUUAUCUUGGCCUAUCAUGUAAUGACAUCACUGUGGAAGGUUUAAAGUCUCUGUGUACAGCUGUUAAUGGAGAAAAUUGUAAAACUUUACAGAAUGUGACUGUAUUAGACAUAAGUCAUAAUCCUUUGUAUGAUGGUUGUCUGGUUGGUAUAUCUUCACUAAUACAAGGACUUCCACUGCUCAAUAGGUUAUCUGUGUCAUCGUGUAAACUUACAGGGAAACUCUUUCAAAAUGACCGACAACAGCUGACCGAAGCUUUACAUAGUUCAAGUUUACAGCAUUUUGAUAUUUCCUACAAUGUGCUUGGGUGUGUAGGAGUCGAACUUUUCUUGAAGUGUCAAAAUCCAGUAAAGAUACUCUCAUUAGAUUUGACCUCAACAAUAACUGACCAGAGGUCAUCACAGGUGUACAGACAACUGUAUAACUUUGCUAGUCAGGAUGGCUGUGCAAUACAAGAGCUAAUACUGUGUCAGUGUAACCUAGCUAUGGAAGAUGCUGAUUUUCUUAUUAGAUUACCAGCUGUUGUAAAGCAUUUACAGAAACUAGACUUGUCGAUGAAUCCCAAACUGACAAACCACGUCCUUCAGCAACUUUUUCAGUCAUCCGCCAGCAAUACUUCUAAUCUAGAAGAAGUUAUAGCCAAACAUUGUGGUAUCCAGUCACCGCUAUCUGUAGAAUUUCUAGAUGCCCUAACGGAGAAACUAUCUGUUGAUGUACCCUUACGUCUACUGGAGUUUACAUGCUUUAAGUUAGAGAAGUUAGAUGUUGAUAGUUUGACACAAGUUUGGAAAGACAAAUUUGAAGAUUUUGGAAAAGUUUCAUGUGAUGAAUACCACGUAAAACUUUCUGUGUGUGAUAGAUGAUGAUAUGUUGAUAAAAAGAAUUUUAUGUUUGCUUAAUGUUAAAGCAGCACGCCUCCAGAUUAAUGCUUAUUUUCAUGAAAAUUUUGAAAAUGAAAUAAAAUGUAUGUUAUUGUAUAGUUACCAAAAGGAAACAUUUUACACAUUAUUAAUGGCACUUACAACCCACGUUAAUUACAAAAAGAGGUCAAAAUAUGCAUAAAAUGCCCUCACUGCGUAAGUAUCGCAGUAGAAAUAUAGUUACACAGGAAAAUUCACCAAUAAUCGCUCAUAACAUGUAAAUUAUUACUUGCUUUACCAAAAUUCUUAGUACAUUUUUCACAAGUUUGAUUUAUUGAAAUAUUUUCGAUCAUCAGGAGACAUGGUGCUUUAAAAUAAGCACUGACUGAUGAUAUCAAAAUUAUGUCAUGUGCUCUAUAUAAAUUAUAUUUUUGAUUAUCAGUGUGCAUUUAAAGUGUAAAAAUUGACUCAACAACAUUUUGGAUGUAAAACAAAGAUAAUUAAUCAAUGAGAUCUUUUCAGUGUCUUUAUGAUUAUAUAAAUAUGUGACAGUUAAUUGUAAUGAUAUAUUAAUUAGGUAAUUGUAAUGAAAUCUUGUCUAAAAAAUUAACAAGCAUGCAAUAUAAAACACAGUUGUGUAUAAUUAUAUAAUGUACAAGUUAAACGGCAAUUGUUAAUGUUUGCAUACCAAAAUUAUACCUAUUUGAUGUGUAGUUGGUA